CUCUUCCUCUGUGUCUCCCCCCAUCCCAAUUCUCCACUGUCUCUCGUCUCUCCUUCGUCUCCCUAGCCCUCAGUAUCCACGGUUCUACUCCCCCACCACCAACGGCCCGUCCAAGUCAGCCGCUGUCGUCACCCACGGUUCACUCCAAAGUCAUCCAUUCUUCCUGGAAGUCACCCGGCACAUGUCUCGAUACGACGACUAUCGCCGCUCUACCGGCCACCUGGAGCCUGACUCCGACCGCUGGGACGCCGACCGUUUCUCUCGUGAGCGUCGCGAACGUCUACAUUCGCGCGGCCCCCCCGUGCUCGAACGACCCCGCCGCGUGGAGGAUGACCGCUUCGAAUACCGCCUGCAAGAAAAUGACCGAUAUGGCCCUCCUGCCCGCCGGUCGGACAGGUUUUACGAAGAUGACCAUCUCGUGCAUACCUCGGGGCCUCUCGUAACCUACGACCGUCGGCGAGACAGCCCCCCGCCUCGGCCCCGUCUGAUGCGACGCCAAUCGUCCCUGGACACCUUCGAUCGCAUCCCCUCGCGCAAGCUCGAUGAGUAUUACUACCACGAACCCCCUGCGCGCGCGCCCGUCCGACCUCCUCGCGAACCGGAUUAUUACGAAGAGAUCCGGGUCGCGGACCCGGACCAUUUCGGCGACGAAGAAUUUCAUGAGCGCGAGCGCGAGCGCUUCACGGAUCGUCCCCGCCGCUCCAGCAGCCGAUUCCCAACGCGGGUCGUUGAGGAAGUCGAAAUCGAAAGGCCGUACCCUCGGAAGGGCAAGACCAAAAUGCCUCGAAAGCUUGUUCACCCCGCGGCCGUUCGUGAAUUCGGGUAUCCAUAUGAGGACGAGGGUGAUAUGGUCAUUAUCCUGGUCGCACUCUCCAAGGAGCAAAUCGACGAUGUCAUCAGCCGCAGUCGCCAGAUGAAGCACCGGACUGAUGCACGUAUAAUACACCCUUCGCCGUCCCCCGUUCGCGAGCGACGUCGCGACAGACCUGUGGAGAAACUCGCCAUGGAGCCGUACACCCCCAAGAACCACCACCAUACCAUGCUCAUCGAGCCCGCGUCGUCGUCCGCCGGACACCGAUCGCGAUCUCGCCGUCCCCGCAACUACGAGCUCUCGGAGAAGCGGCUGACCAGGACCGUCUCGCGCACCCGAUCCAUUUCGGUGCACGGUCGUCAUCGUCGCCGGUCGUCGCCGGUGCGCAUUCGCCAUGACAUGGAGUCUGACCAUGUUAACGCCGGGCCGCUGGCCAUUAUGGUUCGUCCUCGCGACAGCGAUGAGGAUCUUCGCGAGUUUAUGCCGCUGGAGCGACGUGGUCGCGGAGAAGUCAUCCGAGAUACGGAGUUCAUCAAUGGCGACGGUGACCUCGAGGAGAUCACCGAAGUGAAGAGGGAUCGCAAGGCCACCAUGGAUAAGUUUCAGGCGCUCGGAAAGAACCUGACUGCGAACUUUUCGCCCUUUGCUGCGCGCACGCAGCAGAUGAUCAAAGAGCAGCUGGGCCAGGCCGAAGACCGAACCCAACUCCCCGAUGAAUACAUCGAACUCGAGAAGCGCGUGGAUGCGCUGAAGCUGGUCCACCAGAAGCUUCUUCAGGUGACCUCCCAGUACUCCAACGAAGCUUACGACUACCCACCCAACAUCCGUGAAUCCUUCAACGACCUCGGCCGCACCAUCAGCGAGAAGGUCCAGCUUCUCUCCCAAGCCGCCUCUCCUGCCGAGGCCCAGGCCGCCCUGUCCGCUCCUCCUGUCGACAAGCCCCAGCCCAAAACCUUCAACCACGCCAUUGCCCGCGCUUCGCUGUCGGGAUCGCAGACGCUCGCGCAGAACACGACCGGCGAGGAUCCCCUGUCCUCGGCGCUGGAGAAGUACGCCCUGGCGUCGGAGAAGGUCGGCGAGGCUCGUCUGUCGCAGGACGCUCAGAUCCAGUCGCGCUUCUUGGCCGGAUGGAACACCACGCUGAACACGAACCUCAUGUUUGCGGCCAAGGCCCGGCGCAACGUUGAGAAUGCCCGUCUGAUGCUGGAUUCGGUCAAGGCGAGCAAGAAGGCCCAGGCUCGCGGCGACCUGGACAACUUGAGCGAGGAGGCACGUGCCGAGAUCGAGCAGGCCGAGGACGAGUUUGUCGGCCAGACUGAGGAGGCCGUCAGCGUGAUGAAAAAUGUCCUCGACACCCCCGAGCCCUUGAGGAACCUGGCGGAUCUGAUCGCCGCACAGCUGGAAUUCCACAAGCGGGCCUAUGAGAUCCUCAGUGAGCUGGCUCCUGUGGUCGAUGGCCUGCAGGUUGAGCAAGAGGCCAGCUACCGCAAGAGCCGUGAGGGAGCUUAGACUCAUAACUCACGUCUCCUUUGAUUUCCUUCUGUCCUGCUCCGUUUUGAUCUGUCUGUCUGUCUGUCUACCAGCUAGUCUUCGUACGAUUUCCCCUGUUGCACUUGUGAAACAGAAGUUCUUAUAUCCCUGUCUGAGGAUGUGUAGUAUCGAGCGGUACAUUCUCACCUUAUCUGCAUUUCGUAUGGGCUUACUACAUACACU